AGAGUGCCCUGCAGUGGGGCCAAGAACUGCCUGGCCUGCUGUAGAGUGUAUGAACUGACGUGAAUUCCCCCUCAUCUCAGUCGUCAGUUCCACUGGAGCUCUUGCAGACUACAGUCACAGGAGACUACUGAAGAGGACAAUGGAGUACCUGCAAUCCUAUCACUGUUUACUCUGCUACCUUCUGCUGGCUCUUAGAGAUCCUGCACUCUGUGCUAAAGAGAUCACUGUUAGCCCAGCCAAACCCGUUGUCAAGGUGGGAGAUGCUGUGACCUUGAUCUGUGAGACAACCUGCUCCCAAGGCAAACCACGCUGGAUGAAACUAGACGAGAGCGAUGUCACUCAGAAUACCACAAAAAACAGAAGUUAUCUCCAUAUUGCAAAUGUACACCCGAAUCACGAGGGAAAGUAUACCUGCACAGAAGAAAAAUGUAGGACACAGAGGAAGGAAACAAUCCAGCUCAGAGUUUACUCUUUCCCGGUGCCUGUCCUGUCCACAGUGCCAGAGAACCCUGUCUCUGGUCAACCUUUUAAGGUGAAAUGCACACUGACAAACGUUUACCACGGAGAAUAUGACAACGUUGAGAUGCUUCUCUUGCACCUUGAGAGGCUUGAAACAGAACACUCCAAAAACUGUAAUGAUGACAGAUUUUGUGAUCAUACGUGGUCUUCUAAGAAUCAGAUGGGCACUAGCAAAACAGAUUAUCAAUGUGAAACCAAUCUUACUAUUGGCCCUAACAGCUUUACUGAAAAGGCUCGUCUUACCAUACAUUUCCAGGGUGAUGCUGGUGAUGACUAUAAUGAUACCAGAAGCACUGCCAUGUCUCCUGAACAGAUGGAAACACAAACGUCAGAACCUGUCAGUACAGAAGGCAAAGGUCAAGGUGAGGCUGGUGAUGACUAUAAUGAUACCAGAAGCACUGCCAUGUCUCCUGAACAGAUGGAAACACAAACGUCAGAACCUGUCAGUACGGAAGGCAAAGGUCAAGCUGAACAGAUGGAAACACAAACGUCAGAACCUGUCAGUACGGAAGGCAAAGGUCAAGGUGAGGCUGGUGAUGACUAUAAUGAUACCAGAAGCACUGCCAUGUCUCCUGAACAGAUGGAAACACAAACGUCAGAACCUGUCAGUACGGAAGGCAAAGGUCAAGCUGAACAGAUGGAAACACAAACGUCAGAACCUGUCAGUACGGAAGGCAAAGGUCAAGGUGAUGCUGGUGAUGACUAUAAUGAUCCCAGAAGCACUGCCAUGUCUCCUGAACAGAUGGAAACACAAACGUCAGAACCUGUCAGUACAGAAGGCAAAGGUCAAGCAGUGGAGGCCUCCAGCUCCACCACCACGGCCAUGGUUGUACUGGGCUCCAUAGUGGGAUUCCUAUCCAUUUUCUGCUUCCUGGUUUGCCUGAUCAAACGGAGUAAAUGCAAGUCACCUUCCAGUGGUCCCGAGAACCAUCCUGAUGGCUGCUGACCACCAUGACAUCAGCUUCAUUUUAUGUUCUCAAGUUUUUGUUUUGUUCCUAUGUGUUAAACGCCAAUGUAGGACUCUAGCCUGCCUACAUGCAACUUCCUAUAACAAGUCAAAAGUAAUGUAUACUGAAUCUGAUCUCCUCAUGUAAUGCCUGCUGUAUAAAUAUAUAUAUUUUUAAACUAGCUAUUAAAAUUAAAGCAAACAUAUAUCCUACAAAUAAUAAUGUACUGGGAAAAUGCCAAAGAAGAACAGUCAAACAGAAACAUUGUGACUAACAUAAAGCAUACUGUUUGAUUAAUAUCAUAUGUUCAUAAUAAACCUCUUGAGAAACAGGA